GUAUUUUGCGUCAUUCGCGAGCGGUUCUCAAUACCCGGACAUAAUUCAACGUUCGACCGAUAGUCACCCUCACGAUUCCUGGAACGUCGUAGUGGGAGGAAAAAAGCGGGAUCAGGUGUCAAUUUUGAAUACCCGACGCUUCGAUAAAUCACAAGUGCUCGCGGAUGCCCCAGAAAUUCGCGAAAGCCCAUCAUCCAGUUGACCUAUUUCCGGGAAUUGGAAUUGGCCUGUAGUCCUAUUUUAUUUGAGAGGUGAAAAACGUCACGAGUCAAGCGAAUUCGUCCAGUCGAAGGAGAAAGAAAAAUUAGAAAAAUUAAAAGGGGUGUGAGACCCGCCUACGAAACAACUUGGUGAUGAGCCGAGUACAGGGUAUGACGCAACGAACGAAUGAACGAGUGCUCAUCGCUAUCACGUACUGAUUGAGGCACCAGUCGGCUCAACACCGUUGCCCGCACCGGGCGGGAAACUGACCCAAAGUCUGCGAUACGUUGAUUUUUUGGUUUGUGGGGAAUUAUCCGAGAUCAAGUGCCGAUAUGACGCUCUACGAUUGCCUCUGCAAGGGACCUAUCGCCCUCAACGAAUGGCUGCGAGUGAAAAUACCCAGGAGGGCUGUUCUCGGUGUUCUCAUGUUCCUCGCCUGCAUGUUCUCGUACUUCAUGCGCACAAAUCUAUCAAUCACUAUUGUUGCGAUGGUAAAAAAUAUCAAGGGAGGUCCGAAGAAGGAAGCCUAUUGCACCGAAUUGCUUCAUCAGUCCAGUAAUAUCACUUAUGUUCCCAGAAAUAUUUCAAACCUGGAAGAGCGAUACGAGUGGAACGAGAGGAUACAAGGAUUUAUCCUGGCAUCUUAUUUCGUGGGUCCUGUGUUAGCUAGUGUACCCGCUGGACUGGCGGCUGAACGGUUUGGCGGUGCACGAGUGGUUGCAUGGGCGACAUUAAUUCCCGCAGUUUUGAAUUUGCUGACACCUUUGGCGGCGAGUCUCCAUUGGUCGGUGGUUAUGAUUCUUCGAUUUUUGAUGGGAUUCUCGGGGUGCGCUGUCUACCCAGCUCUGCACGCAAUGAUUGCCAGAUGGGUGCCACCGCAGGAGAAGGGGAUGUUCGUGUGGACAAUGCAAGGCGGACCCUUCGGCACCUUCGUUACCCUGUCCCUCUGCGGCGCGGUGAUAUCCGCCUUCGGAUGGAAGGCGGCCUUCUACACAACGAGUGGUCUGACGCUGGUGUUCUACGUCCUCUGGUUGUGGCUGGCAUACGACACCCCAGACGACCACCCGACGAUAACCCAGGAAGAAAAAUCCUACAUAAAGGAGAAGAUCGGCUCAUCAGUGAGUAAGCAGAAGGUGAGCCUGCCCUUGAGGCAUAUGGUGACGUCCCUGCCGUUCCUCGCGCUCAUCUACGCCCACUUUGCGAACAUGUGGGGGAUCUACUUCAUCUCCACCAACGGCCCCAAGUACAGCCUCGAGGUAUUGGGCUUCAACAUGAAGAAGGGCGGUUUCUUGACAGGACUUCCUUACAUCGCUCGACUGGGAACUGGAGUCCUCUUCGCCGCUGGAGGUGACUUUCUGCGGCGCAGGGAGAUCAUCAAGCUCGUCUGGAUCAGAAAGCUCUUCAUGAUCUUCUCCCACGUCGGCCCUGGACUGGCCCUCCUCGUCACCACGUACGUCGGCUGCGACAAGAACGCCGCCAUCGUUAUGAUCAUUGGCGCUCUGGCUUUGAAUGGAGCCGCCUGCCAGACAAGUCUCCAAAAUCAUCAAGAUCUUGCUCCCAAUUAUGCUGGCUCUUUGUACGGAGUUAUGAACACCAUUGGAAGCUUCCCCGGAUUCAUCAUUCCACCAGUCGUUGGGGCACUCAUCUACGAUCAAAGCGGCGUUCACCAGUGGCGAAUCAUAUUCUGGAUUUCCGCUGUUGUCUUCUUCUCGGCGACUGCUCUCUUCUGGGUGUUUGGAUCCGCCAGUAUUCAACGGUGGAAUGAUCUCAAUGCCAAUCCUGAAGUGGCUACUAAUGGGGUGACAAAGGAGGAGGAGAAACAGCUCAAUGAUAUCAGCAAGGCACCAGUGCAGAGUGAAACUGAGGAUGAGAAUGAGAAACUCUGAUUCUGAGGAGUUUAAUCGAGGGAGUUGGGAAGAAUUGGGGAAAUCGCGGGAUAUUAAGAGGGGGAGGAAGGGGUGGAUAUUUGAUGAUGAAAAUUAUUGGGGUGACAUGCUCAGAGGAAAUUUUACAAUGUCAGCAAAUCGACAAUUUUUUUUAAAAUACUGUUUUUUAAUUUUUUUUAAAUGACGUAGGCAACCUACGAUAGCUUAGGAGAAGUGAAACAAUGGAAAUAAUUUCUAAAGUUUCCGUUUGUGCAUGAGGCGAAUGAAUCUAGGGUAAUUUUGGCAUUUUUCCUACUUUUGUUGACCGCCGGGAAUGCAGGGAAAAUGUUAAGAUACGGGGGAUACAUCGAUAUUCUAUUCAACCACAUGUAUCACUGACGGGUUGAUAAAAUUGAAUGAUUGUUACGAUUCUCAUAGGCUAUUUAUGAUGUAUUGCGUGAUUAUCCCAGGGUUGACCCUAUUCUCCUGGAACAAUUCUCUUUGCCAUACUCUAGGGGUAAAUUAAUAGCAUUAUUGUAAUAGGUUAAUUUGAUCGGAGGCCGAUGCCACGAACUAACGAAAUUUAUCGUCGAUCAAAUGAUAUCUAGCGUUAGGGGCAGUUUUCUCUUUUUUAAGUGGAAAUAAUUUCGUUCCAGAUGUGUUCCGCUGAUUCAAGGAAUCUCAAGUAAAAUGAUUCGAUGUCAUCAAACAUAAUCAGAUAAAUAUGGUACAAAAUAAUUUUCUGUGGAUUCGGAAAAUUUCAAAAUAUUUUUCUGGAAUUUACGAGUGUCAGUAAAUAAUAAAUUGCAGAUAGAUCGUGACUCGUGUACAAAUGAGGAUCAAUAAAUGAAUGUUAUUAAUUAUCACUGUGACAAGCACCGCUGAUAUUCAUCGAGAGAAAACAUAAAUUCUCAGAAAAUGCCGUACAUGUUAACUGCAUUCGAAUGCCUACUUAUUUUUUAAAGUAUUUAUGAACAACUUUUACUCAUAUCUGUCGACUGAUUUUUUAUAAAAUCGACUGAUGUGUUUUUUAACCCUCGAAUCGUCGCACCUCGUCACCAGAUUAUCCAAUUGCGUGCGGAGCGCUACACCGUCCGCGUAUUGUCAAGUGCGAGGUCGCCACAGCGUUCUGCAGAGCUCAAUUCAAAGCUCGUUUCAAUCAAAUACGCCCAGAGUUCAAUAAUUUAUAACUCAUCGAUAAAUAAUAACUCAACAUCAGAGUUCAAUACCGCACAGUCCGCGCGAUAUUUUUAUUUUCAAGUUGAAAAAACUCGAGAUGUGACAACGUCGCGUGGCAAAAUGCCGCUGCGGAACAUAAAAUUAAUUAUAAUUGACGAAUUUAUGUUUUAGUUUAUUUCAAGGAAAUAAAAAAAAUGGCGCUUGUGUUAUGAAGCAACGGUUCGAGGGUUCUGAUAAUAAAUAAAAUGUCAUUUAUCUGUAAGACUUGAUGCCAAAAACGGAAUUGUCUGCUCAAUGACAUUAACUAUUUUCUUUUUUUGUAAACGUCCUAUUUUUUUUACGCAGCAGCAUCACAAGAGUAACAAAACAUUCUAAAAAUUUGGUUUUUAUUUUUUCGAAAAAUAGAUUUGCAUUUAAUCGACGAGAUGUGUCUCGUCGUUGAUGAAAUUAAAGUCAAUGUGUCAUGAAUGAUUAUUCACUUUUGUCAUUUUUUUGUGAUGUUUGUCAAUGUAUUUAAAAUCAGUGCGAUAAUAAAUAUAGUCAUAAUUAAACAA